AUGCUGUCCUGUAUACUGGGCUGUGGUAUCCAACACGGAGCUCCGAGAAAGAAAGCUGUCAUGCUGCUAGGUCCUGAGAGGAAUGGAAAGUCUUUCAUGGCUGAUGCCGUGGCCGGGGAGCUGAAUGCCAUCAAAAUCGAUAUAACUCCCGAGGUAUUCACCGCAGUCAUCAGCCGUCCUCAGAAGAUGUUGAGCCAAGUGUUUACAACGGCGAGGGCUUUCCAACCUGCUGUGGUCUUCAUGAAAAAUGUUGAAAGGGUGUUUACUGUCAAGGUACCACCAGAAGACAAGUAUUUACAAGCUCAGACAAUGAAAGGUCUUUUAGGCAAACUAAUCAAACAGAUACCUGUAGAGGACAAAGUAAUUUUCAUUGCUACUUGCUCAAACCCAUGGGUGGCACGCGCUAAACCAAUGGUGAGCAUAUUUGACGAGAUUCUGCUUGUACCGAGGACUGAUUAUGGAAGCUUACAGCAAUACUUCUAUCAGAAACUUCAAAGAAUCAGGAGUAUCCCUCGUGACUAUAAUGUCCAGGCUCUGGCACAGCUGCUGCAGGGGUUCAACUUCGGAGACAUCAUACAGGCUUACGAAGAAGUCAUGACUCCUGACAGAAUUGUCAGAUUAAAUAUCGAACAGCUCUCCCCUGGAGAAAUAUUGGAAGUUUUAUUGCAAAAGGACUUGGAACCUUUGACGAUGGAUGAAUACCAACGAUACGUGACAUUCUUCCUGCAGUACAGCUGGCUUCGAACUGAGAGGGAAACAUAUGACAGGAUCAAUUGGUUCAGAGAUGAUAUGUACAAGAAACAGGCGAAGAAGGAAAAGGCCGAACAACAACAACAUGCAGCUUAG